AAAACAAAGACUAAACACCCAGAAAUGGAUCAGACAUGGGUCUCCAUCAUCUUGUUUUCCUCAGCUGUCUGUGGCGUAUCUGCAUACGUUCCUCAUCAGUAUGUCUUUGUGAAAGAGAGUAAAACCUGGGCUGAAGCUCAGAGCUACUGCAGACAGACCUACACUGACCUGGCCACCAUCAACAACAUGGAGGAGAUGAAGAAGCUCAAUUCUACUCUAAACACACUGAAAAAUGCACCCAAAAGCUCUGUUUGGAUCGGCCUGGACAGCGGGAAUGAUGAGAAAUGGCUGUGGUCUCUUGCAGAUGGAAAUUUCUACAGAGAUGGAGACACGUACAGAAACUGGUGGAGUGGAGAACCUAACAAUGGGGGGGGCAAAAAGGACGAGUACUGUGUUGCGAUGUUUAAAGAUCGUGGAGACUGGUUUGAUGAUCAGUGUGAAGCAUCAUACUAUUUUGUGUGCUACAACGAAAAGAAGACGAGCACUGAAAGAUACGUGUUCAUUAAUGAGACAAAGAUCUGGCACGAUGCUCAGAGCUACUGCAGAGAACGUCACACAGACCUGGUCAGUGUGAGGAACCAGACGGAGAACCAGCUAAUUUUUAAUUUGUCAAAAAUCAACUCAAAUGUUCACAUUUGGAUCGGCCUGUUCAACGACUCCUGGCAGUGGUCAGAUCAGAGUGACUCCUCAUUCAGAUACUGGAUGUCUGGUCCAGAGAAUUAUGGUCAAGGUGCAAUGUGUGCUGCAGUGUCGCUGACUGAGAAGGGUCAGUGGAAAAAUGAGCAGUGCAACAACCAGCUCCCGUUCAUCUGUCAUAAGAAUAAGCUGAUCUUGAUCAAGGAGAAUCUGACCUGGAGAGAAGCUCUGAGUUACUGCAAGAUGAAGCAUGUGGAUCUGGUCUCAGUUCACUCUGAGGAGAUCCAGCUCUGGGUGAAGGAGAUGACACAGUAUGCUUCCACUGAACAUGUGUGGCUGGGUCUGCGUCACACCUGCACCCUCAGCUUCUGGUUCUGGGUGAGUGGAGAGUCUAUCUGCUACCAGAACUGGGCCCCAGGUAACGGGACAGGAGGAGAAGACUGCAGCCCUGUAGAGAGAAACGGAGCGGUGCAGGCUAGAGGAGGUCAGCAGUGGGUCAGCCUGCCUGAGGACCACAAACUCAACUUCAUCUGCCUCACCUAUGAAGACUGAAUGAAGACCAAAGACUGAAACCAGGUGGUUCGUCUUCCAGAACCACCACCAGCAGAUCUACAGUUUUAUACUUUUAAUUUGCUUUCCUUAACAGUGAGAGUUAUAAUGGCCUACCAACAUGCAUGUUUACUGCACUCCUGAGUGUUUGAUGGACUAAAAAAGGUAAAAUGUGCACAUCAAAAUUACAGUGGGCCUCAUUACUGAACCUCAAUCAGAAUGCAAUGAAACAGUGAACCUCAAUACUUUGUAAAAUUACUUUAAAAUUACUUUAAAAUUAGCAAUGUAUGUUUUUAUUAUCCAUAGAUAUUUUCCUA